AUGAGAGGCCGAGGUGUACCCGGUAUGAGAGGCAGAGGUGGACCACCACGGGGCGGUGGAAUGCCGCCACGUGGCGGUCCUCGUGGUGGAUUCCGCGGAGCGCCCAUGCGUGGCGGUCCUCGUGGUGGAUUCCGCGGAGCGCCCAUGCGUGGCGGCGGCGAUCGCGGUGGCCGCUUCCCACCGGGGCCUCAAGGUCCUGGCCCACACCCAGUUCCUACAAUAGAAAGCAGGGGACCUCCACAAAGAGGUGGAUUUGGCAAUAACCGAGGUGGUCCCGGUGGUAUGAGAGGCCGUGGGGGCUUUGCACCUCGCGGAGACAGGGGUGGGCCACACAUGAGGGGUAGGGGAGGUAGGGGUGGUGGCCCUAUGGGUGGUCCCCCAGUAGGGCCUCCCAUGCAUGACCUACAUGAGCCCAGUGGUCCACGACCUAUGCCUCAAGGAGCCCCUGCACCCGCACCCUACAAACGAACAAGUGGGCCACCACAUGGAGGAGGACUGGGAGCACCUAAACGCGGAAGGUUUGAUGGCCCCCGUGGUGGUGGUGGUGGUGGCAGACCCUCAGCGGGAGGUUACCAGCCCCCACAACACAAUCCAGCCCCACAGCCCAAUGGAUAUGAGCCAGUUCAUACAGGAUACCAACCUUACGAACAGCCACCGGCCGACCCAUAUGCGGCACCUUCAUACACCUCAAACUCCUAUCAAGGAGGCAGUUACUCAUCUCCGGCUCCAGCGCCAGCUUCGACGGGAUACAAUUCGGGCUACGGCUCUAAUUAUGGCUACUCAACAGGCCAAGGGGGAUAUGAAAAUGAUAGUUACAGUAAUUCUGGUGGGGCCGGAGACGCGGGCUACGGAGCCAGCGAACCGGCCUACACGGCCCAAGAAUACGACUCGUAUGGUCAGCCCGUAUACUCAUACCAACAACAACAACAACAACACCAACAACCCCAACAGUACAACGCUAACUAUGAGGAUGGUGGUAAUGCAACAUCCAUUAGAAGGCUCUGGCAUAUUGUAGACCCUUAUAAGAGAGAUGAUGUGGAGGUGAUGAACCAGGCAAUACCGUAUUUACCGAAGAGAUUUAGUUGUGAUUUGUCGCGUAAUCAUCGCGUCUCAUAUAGACAGCUAGAAUAUUUAUGGGAAUUUUUAGAUAAAAAUAGGGAUGUAGCCACUGGAUAUAAUAAAACAUCACAUGCGAGACAUGUUUCACGAAAAUUGUGGGAAGAAGUCGCUCUAAGAUUAAAUUCAAACAAGGAUGGCGCAGUUAAAAAUUGGAAAUCAUGGAAUAAAUAUUGGAACGACUAUAAAUCGAAGUUAAAAAAAUUGGUAAGAAAAAAUAAUGUGGCCAAGGAGAAACCUAAUGGGGGCAAAGCAAAAUCAAAAUUUUUUACAGAAAUAGAACAAAAGUUUUUACAUAUCCUUGGAAUCGAUGUUGCUUCUGUGUUGCCUGCAACUAGAGUUAAAUCACUUAUACAAAGACACAGCUCCAGCAUAAAUGGGGUAGCUACAUCUAGAAACAAGUCGAGACCCGGGCCUGCCAGCCAGUCACCUUCACACAUUCCACUGUCGUCAUUAUCCACACCGCUAGCACUGACUGUAAUGCCGACAAUUGUUGAAACUGAACUACAACAUUUGGCACCAUCCAGAAUGAAUUUAGGAAAAGUAACGCUGCCACCAACACCGAAGGCACAGAGAUUACCUCAUGUUGUGAACAGUCAUCAUCCAGCUAGACGACCCCUCAUCUCAGUUCAACAGACUCGUCAAGCACUUAUCAUCGAAGCUCAAAAACAAACACAAAUUCAAAAACAAAAAUUAAAGUUGUGGAAGGAGCUUAUUAAUGAAAUUAAGGAUAUAAAAGAAAUCCUGAAACCAGGUCAAUCCCAAAAUCAUUGA